GGCUGCUCUCCCCUCCUGGCCGCCCCCGAUGCCUGCCAGGCUUCUGGCUGUGCCGGAGCCCCUGCCUGCCCAGCCGCCCCGCCCCGUCCAGCUGGGAUUCGGGGGCCCGAGCUGUCUGGGGUCCCAGGGCCAAUGCAGUGCCGGCUCCUCCGGGGCCUGGCGGGAGCCCUCCUCACCCUCCUGUGCAUGGGGCUCCUCUCCCUCCGCUGCCGCCUGAGCCGGUCCCCGAAGGGCGAGCAGGAGGCCCCCGGGCAGAGCCCGCCGCCCCCGGAGCUGCGGCUGCAGGACGUCUUCAUUGCAGUCAAGACGACCCGCGCCUUCCACCGCUCCCGCCUGGACCUGCUGCUGGACACGUGGGUCUCCAGGACCCGGGAACAGACGUUUGUCUUCACGGACAGCCAGGAUGCAGGCCUUCAGGAGAGACUGGGGCCCCACCUAGUGGUCACCAACUGCUCUGCGGAGCACAGCCACCCAGCCCUGUCCUGCAAGAUGGCUGCUGAGCUGGAUGCCUUCUUGGCCAGUGGACUGAGGUGGUUCUGCCACGUGGAUGACGACAACUACGUCAACGCCAGGGCGCUGCUGAAGCUGCUGAAGGCCUUCCCGCAGACGCUGGACGUCUACGUCGGCCGGCCCAGCCUGAACCGGCCCAUCCACGCCUCGGAGCCGCAGCCCCACAACCGCACGAGGCUGGUCCAGUUCUGGUUUGCCACUGGGGGUGCUGGCUUCUGCAUCAACCGGAAACUGGCUCUGAAGAUGGCCCCCUGGGCCAGCGGCCCCCACUUCGUGGACACGUCCGCGCUCAUCCGGCUCCCCGACGACUGCACCGUGGGCUACAUCAUCGAGUGCAAGCUGGGGGCCCGCCUGCAGCCCAGCCCCCUCUUCCACUCCCACCUGGAGAUGCUGCAGCUGCUGCGGGCCGCCCAGCUCCCGGAGCAGGUCACCCUCAGCUACGGCGUCUUCGAGGGGAAGCUCAACGUCAUUAGGCUGCAGGGCCCGUUCUCCCCCGAGGAGGACCCCUCCAGGUUCCGCUCCCUGCAUUGCCUCCUCUACCCUGACACGCCCUGGUGCCCACAGCUGGUGGCCCGAUGACCCCUGCACUGCCGGGCGACGGCUGAGCCGAGGCCUCUGGCUGUCCCUCGCCUCCCAAGGCGGCCCUGAGGGCCUGAGGCGGCAAGUGCCCUGGGGAGGGUAGCCCCUGGCAGGGCUCCCGAGAGGUGGGCAAGCCCAGGAUUGGACGGUGACUGGUGGUAGAGGCAUCCCACACUCCGGAGAGGUGGGUCGGCUGGCCCGGGUACCGGGGGAAGUCAGAGAGACUCCAGGGCUGGGUUCCCACGGGCCCUGGGUGGCUGCAUUGAACAGGGUGAGGGCCACUGAGCUGGCCUGGGGCUCAGAGUCUUAAACCUCAACAAAAUGACUUGGGCUUCUGGGUGGGCUGUGGCCCCAGCCCCAGCUCCGGUCUCUCAGUCAUUCCCGGGGGUCAAGCCCCGGGCCCGCCCCUCACGCCUGGAUCCUGGGGCCUGAUCUGCCACCACCGGGCGCCAGGAGGAAAGGUGGCGGGUGCUGCUGGUGCCGGCAGUCUCCAGCUCCGUGCUCCCGCCCCAUGCUAACAGACCCCGGUUUUGUUUGGAGCACCGGCCUGCCGGAUCCGAUGCUGGAUCCUCCUGGGUCCCAGCCGAGCUGGAUGAGCCCUUUGCUCCCUCUCUCAGCUCCCCGAGCUGUGAGGCGCUUCCAUUAAUCUAUGGAAGCUCUGCCCUUGCGUGUGAACUGAGCAAAGCCACGGGGGAGGCCUCCGGGGAAGUGGCGCAGCCCCGCACGCCCUCUUCCUGCUGGGAAUGUGGGCGUGAUGUCUGGCUCUGGGCAGCCCCUUUGUGGCCAUGAAGCAGAGGCCGGGAUAGCCUUCCAAACCUGUCUUGUCUAGCUGGUUCUGUUGGAAAAUUAAACCCCUGUUUGUUCA